CUCUCCCCAGCCGAGAGAGAGAGAGAGAGAGAGAGAGAGAGAGAGAGAGAGAGAGAGAGAGAGAUAGAGAGAGAAGAAGAAGCACAGAGCGUACAGCCCCCCGCUGGCGUCGAGCGGACGGGCCUCAAUCCGAGCGGCUCAUUGGCCGGACUCAGGGGAGUUACUGGGCUGCCCCCACCAGCGGCCGUUUAACAGGGCCUCUAUAAAGCCGCCGCUCGAGCGGCUUGGCGAAAGACACAGCUCGAAAGCACCGCUGCGACAAGCUAUACCCACUCGAGUGAAUUUUACGCACGCGAACAUACGCUUCGUAUUAUUGCACUUUUACCGCGACGAACUUUAUACUAAGCCAGUCAAGAUGCCGAUGGUCGAGAAGAAGAACGAGCACACCAGGCACCUCAAGAGGCCCAGCGAGAACGACUUUGUGCACACGAACGUCAAGCACACCGGCACCGUUCAGUCGCAAUUCAGCUUCGAAGCCCUCCAGGAGAGCGCGCAGUACUUACUCGAUCGCACCUCUAUCCGCCCGAGGAUCGGUAUCAUCUGUGGAUCCGGUUUAGGUCCGAUCACCGAAACCCUGACCCAGAAGCAAUGCUUCCCCUACGAGGAGAUUCCUCACUUCCCCACGUCGACCGUCAAGGGACAUGCCGGUCAGAUGGUCUUUGGUUACCUCCAGGGUGUGCCGGUCAUGUGCAUGCAGGGCAGGUUCCACUACUACGAGGGAUAUCCUCUCUGGAAGUGUUCGAUGCCGGUGAGGGUAAUGAAGCUCGUAGGAGCGUCGCACCUGAUAGUGACGAACGCCGCUGGAGGUCUGAACGACAAGUUCAGUGUCGGCGACAUCAUGCUGAUGAAGGAUCACGUAAACAUGAUGGGAUUCGCCGGUAACAAUCCUCUUCAAGGACCGAACGAUGACAGAUUCGGUCCCCGAUUCCCACCGAUGAACAGGGCCUACGACAAGCAGCUCCUGACCAUCUGCGACAAGGUCGUCGAGGAGAUGGGAAUCCAGAACAUCGUCCACAAGGGUGUCUACACGUGUCUCGGUGGACCCAACUACGAGACCGUCGCCGAGAUGAAGCUUCUCAAGGUUCUCGGCGUCGACGCUGUCGGCAUGUCAACGGUGCACGAGGUCAUCACAGCCCGACACUGCGACAUGAAGGUCGUCGCCUUCAGUUUGAUAACGAACAUGUGCGUCGCCGAUUACGAGGAUCACACCGAGGCCGAUCACGAGGACGUCGUAAUCAUAGCCAAACGCAUGGAGGGCCUGCUCAAGGAGUUCGUCUCGCGAGUAGUCGACCACAUCAAGGAGACCCUCGAAGACGUCGCCAAAUAAGCUGAUACGAUGAAGCUGUACUUGCGUCUUUAAUAUUUAUUCUUAGCCCGUAAGCGUGUGUGCGAGAAUUAAUGUUGUUGUCUUGUCUCUUCCGGGGGACCGAGACGUGUGUGAUGAUACUGCCAAGGAUCGGUUUUCGUCCUUUACGAUGAAUUUCGCGAUUCCUCCUAACAAGCGUUCUAAAUUUUUUUAGAAUGUGGAUUAACCGAUGCUGUAUACGGAGUAUGAUUGUUUUCCGGAUAUUGAGGUACUUUGCUACCUUGUUAUAACUGAUACAGUACAAUCCAUGUGAAAAUUGAAAUUUCAGAUUUUUCGGUUAUAUGAUUAUUCACAUAAGUGUAUUUUACUUCUGUACACGUGACUGUAAAUAGUUUAGUAUAUGCGAAGAGCAUGAUUUUGACAAAUCGAUCACAAGUAUACGAUUAGCUGCGAAUCGUGGACGUUACAUUUUUACAUUUUACUCUUGAGACGUAGAUUAUAAUAUAACCGAUGAGCAUUGUUUGCGCACGUUUGUUCUUGUGAUUGUACAAAUAGUUUCCUUUUUUAAUGUUUGGCACGAUUCUUAAUAUCAACAAUAAAAUUACAUUUCUAUCUUAAUCCAA